AUGGAGUUCAAGAAAGAGAAGCAAGUCAGGUUUCAUAACGAGGAAAAACGAAAUCUUGAAGUUUUCUGGGAACAGAAUGAGGGCCUGCACCUUGAAAAACAACUGCCUCUGUAUAAAACUUCAGGCCAUCUAAGGAAAUCUGAAGGUGGAUUUGUGGACAAGACAAGAAAAAAUAAGAUUCCUAAAUUUGGAAGGUUUAAAGUUUUUCCAGAAGGUCAUGAGCCAGAGAAAAAGACAGUACUUGAUCCUGGAAGUGAAAUUGUCUUGAAAUGGAACAGAAUUUUCUUGUUUUCUUGUUUGGUAGCACUAUUUGUUGAUCCAUUGUUUUUCUAUCUUCCUUCAGUGGUAAAUGAAGGGAAUUCAUCAUGUAUGCAAACUGAUUUGAAUUUGGGAAUUAUUGUUACCUGUUUAAGGACCGUGGCAGAUAUAUUCUAUCUGUUGCACGUAGUCAUAAAAUUUAGGACUGCUUAUGUAUCACCUAGUUCAAGGGUGUUUGGCAGAGGUGAACUUGUUAUGGAUCUGAAAAAGAUUGCAAGCAGGUACUUGAAAUUUGAAUUCUUCGUCGAUGCAAUUGCUGUACUUCCCCUUCCUCAGAUUGUCAUAUGGUCGAUAUUACCAUCAAUUAGAAGCUCCCAUGCUGAUCAAACAAACAACGCCUUGGUAUUAAUAGUACUGAUCCAGUAUAUCCCAAGAUUAUAUCUGAUUUUUCCAUUGAGCUCUCAAAUUAUCAAAGCUACAGGAGUUGUCACAAAAACGGCUUGGGCCGGGGCUGCGUACAAUCUUGUACUCUAUAUGUUAGCAAGCCAUGUAUUGGGAGCUUCCUGGUACUUAUUGUCAAUUGAGAGACUUGCAACUUGCUGGAAAUCAGCUUGCCGGAAUGAAUCCAAUAAGGGUACAUCAAACUUUAAUUAUGGGAUAUUUGGAAAUGCCAUCGGAAAACAAGUUGUCUCGUCUGCAUUUAUCGAGAAGUACUUCUACUGUUUAUGGUGGGGUUUACAGAACUUGAGUUCUUAUGGCCAGACAUUAACGACAAGCACAUUUAUUGGUGAAACACUGUUUGCGAUACUCAUUGCCAUCCUGGGGCUUGUUCUGUUUGCUCAUUUAAUUGGAAACAUGCAGACCUACAUGCAAUCUAUCACUGUGAGGCUCGAGGAGUGGAGGCUUAAACGUCGAGACACUGAGGAGUGGAUGAGGCAUCGCCAACUCCCCGAAGAUCUGCAACAACGUGUCAGACGUUUCAUACAAUACAAAUGGCUUACAACAAGAGGCGUUGACGAAGAAUCUAUCCUUCAAACCUUACCUUCAGAUCUGCGUCGUGAUAUCCAACGCCACCUAUGUUUAGACCUUGUUCGGCGUGUACCCUUCUUCUCUCAAAUGGAUGAUCAGCUUCUCGAUGCCAUAUGUGAGCGCCUAGUGUCAUCCUUAAGUACUCAGGGAACAUAUAUUGUUCGGGAAGGUGAUCCCAUAACAGAGAUGCUCUUUAUUAUAAGGGGAACACUGGACAGCUCAACCACAAAUGGAGGCCGGACGGGAUUCUUCAAUUCGAUAACAUUGAGACCUGGUGAUUUUUGUGGGGAAGAACUGCUUGCAUGGGCAUUGGUCCCUAAGUCUACCCUCAACUUGCCUUCUUCAACAAGAACAGUCCAAGCCCUUACUGAAGUGGAAGCGUUUGCACUAAGAGCAGAAGACCUUAAAUUUGUGGCAAAUCAAUUUAGACGACUUCACAGUAAGAAAUUGCAACACACAUUUCGGUAUUAUUCUCACCACUGGAGGACAUGGGCUACUUGUUUCGUCCAGGCUGCCUGGCGCCGGCAUAGGAAGAGAAUGUUGGCUAGAGGCCUAAGCAUGAGAGAGUCAUUUUCUUAUUCUCCCGACGAGCAAUUAUCUGAUGAAAAUUGCCAAGAGGAGGAUGACAAAAAGAGCACAGCAGUGAAUUAUUCUCAGGUGAAACAACACUUGGGAGUCACAAUACUAGCUUCGAGGUUUGCCGCCAACACAAGACGAGAAGCGCAAAAACUCAAGAAUGUUGAAUUACCGAAGUUGCUGAAACCUGAAGAGCCAGACUUCUCAGCUGAUCCCGAUGAUGACUAG